AUGAGCCGGUAUUUCCCCGCUCAAACGAUUGUCCGAGACAUUGAAUCUCUUGAGGUACUUGAGGUUCAAAACCUCCAUAGGAAUCCCGCCACUCAAUCCGUUCCCCGACAAAAGAAUGGUGUUGAGCUCAAUUGGAUUCCCAAGCGAUUUCGGUAUUUCUCCGACGAGCUCAUUUUUCUCCAUCUCGAGCCUCCUCAAAUAAAGCAACUUGCCGAGCGAUUCGGGUAUUUUCCCGCCCAAAGGGUUAUUGGACAAAAUCAAAGUAUCUACGAAAUUCAUGACCGGCUUGUUCCCGAUGUCGUCGUUGAUGGGCCCACUAAACAUGUUGUUAGAAAGGUCGAUCGAGUUGUAUUGCCCGAAUGGGAACACGAAUCGUUUUUCGAAAAACGCGUUUAUAUUUCCCGAGAGGUUGUUCGAGUGGAGAUCGAACUUUUGAGCCCCGUCAGGUUCCCAAUCGACCGGGGUAUCUCCCCUGUCAAUUUAUUUUCCGACAAACGGAGAAACAGCAGUGAUCUGAGCCGGCCGACGGAGGAAGGGAUUUUUCCGGUUAAUUCGUUGCCGUCGAGGUAUAACAUCUCAAGCGCGCUAAGUUUGCCGAUGGACACCGGGAUUUUUCCGGUCAACCGGUUGCCGGAAAAAUCGACGUACUUCAGAUUCCCGAGCCCGCCUAUGGAUUUGGGCACAUCUCCCGAGAAGUUGUUCUUGUGGAGGUCGAGGAUGGCUAGCGAGGCCAAUUUCCCGACCGAUGGAGGUAUCGGACCGGAAAUUGCGUUCAAGGCGAGGUCCAAUUCCGUCAGCAAAGUCAUGCUAAUAAAAAGGUCGAAUGGGAUUGGGCCCACGAGGCAGUUAUCGUUAAGAAGCAAUUUUUGCAAACGUGUCAGGUUUUGGAAGGUGGCGGGAAUCGGGCCCGUUAGGUUGUUUUGGUUGAGAAAGAUUUUGGUCAAGUUGGCCAGGCCACCGAGCUCGGUCGGUAUGGGCCCACUUAGGUAUUUGAGGUUGCUGAGGUCGAGGCGUUGGAGGGAAGUGAGGUUGCCGAGGAAAGGGGAGAGUUUUCCUGACAUGGAAGUGUCGUCAUCAUCGUCCGAGGAGAAGCCCGCACGGGUGAGGCUAACGACCUGGCCCGUUAUGGGAUCGCACGAGACUCCCUCCCAUUUGGUGCAGCAGUCGGCCCACGUGCGGAGGAGGCCGGACGGAUCGUCAGUUAUCGUUUUCUUGAACAGGGCUUGUUUGUCAUCUGGGUGGCACGACGAACCGGGUUUUAAGAGGGGGAAGGAAAGGAGUAUGNAG